UGAAAGGUCCGAGGAUCUGUCUCCUCUCCUCCCCCAAACCAAACUCACAGCGGCCAGCAGGGCUUCAAACUGUAGAUACAGAUACAGAUACAUAUAUAUAUGUAUAUGUAGAUGUAUGUAUAUACGUAUGUUUAUCUGGUCCAAGGGGUCACGAAAUCCUGGCUGCUCGCUGAAUAAACCGACCGCUAUUCGUCAGGAAAACCCUCGCAUCUAUGAUUAGGGAUCAAUGUUCGUGGCCAAACCCUGAGUUUGUUGUUGUUCGGCAACCACUGAUUUCGCUCGCAUAUCGGCCAAGAUAGCUGCACUGUUGAUGAUUUUGGGCGGCUAUUAGCUGGGAUGGUGACCGGAGGGAAUCAUCACGAUGAGGAAAACAAGAACUUGUCGGCCGUUUCGAGAGGAGGAGUUACCAGGUCCUGGGGCACUACAAUUUCGGGCCAAUCCGUGUCCACCAGCGGCAGCGUUGGCUCUCCCUCGAGCCGGAGCGAGGCGGCGAUGGCUACUCCCGCCAGCGAGAGCACCUUUUCUAGGUUAAAUCACCUCGACAUUCACGGUGAUGAUGCUGGAUCUCAAGGGGCUGCGGGUAACAAGAAGAAAAAAAGAGGUCAACGUGCAGUUGGAGGGGAUAAAAGUGGGAGAGGGCUCCGGCAAUUUAGCAUGAAAGUUUGCGAGAAAGUUGAAAGCAAGGGAAGAACCACUUACAAUGAGGUUGCAGAUGAACUAGUGGCUGAAUUUGCAGAUCCUAGCAAUAGCCUGACUUCUCCAGACCAGCAACAAUAUGAUGAGAAAAACAUACGGCGAAGGGUGUAUGAUGCCCUAAAUGUCCUUAUGGCAAUGGACAUAAUAUCAAAGGAUAAAAAGGAAAUACAAUGGAGGGGUUUACCGCGCACUAGCUUGAACGAUAUUGAAGAGCUAAAGACAGAGCGUCUUGGACUGAGAGGUAGAAUUGGAAAAAAAGCAGCUUAUUUACAAGAACUGGAGGAACAAUUUGUAGGCCUUCAAAACCUUAUUCAGCGAAAUGAGCAACUAUACAGCUCAGGAAAUUCACCUAGUGGUGGUGUGGCCUUGCCUUUCAUAUUGGUGCAGACACGGCCUCAUGCAACGGUCGAGGUGGAAAUUUCAGAAGACAUGCAGCUGGUGCAUUUUGACUUCAAUAGCACCCCUUUCGAGCUACACGAUGAUAAUUAUGUUCUCAAGGCAAUGAAAUUUUGUGAAAGGCCGCAAGGGGAUGUGGUGGCACCAAAUUUUCCUGCAGAUGGAGGUGAAGGGCCCAGCAUGUUGCAACCUCAGAUCACUCAGCCCUCCCCAUCCAACCUAAACAUAGCCAAUAGGCCUCUCGCUUCACCUCCUCUCCCUGGGAUCCUAAAGGCGCGUGUUAAGCAUGAACAACACUAGCUUUCCAGUUUCAGCCGCUUUGGGGUAUCUUAUCUUCUAUAGGAUCCGUAGUUCUGCCUCAUCCUUUUGUACAUUAUUAUGUAAAAUAUUUUGGCAGAAGAAGUAAUGCCUGGGGGGAGGGGUGAUGCAUUAUUAUCUUUGGAUUUUUGUUAUUGCUCCAGUUGAUCAGUGGAAGGUAGGUAAGGUAAGGUAAGGUAAAUUCAUGGAUAUUUCUGGUGGAGACAAUUAUGAAGGUCGCAUAUAUUGUAGUCAACCAAUCAUUUCUUCUGGUAGCUUUUAAUGUGAUUAUGUUUCUGUCUCCA